AUGGUUUCAAAGAAAAAGAAAAUUGACUGCAAGAAAGAAGCUAGCAGCAGUCUCGACACGGAUGAGCUAGUUAAACAGUAUGAUGAGAUCAAGAAAACUCCUACUGUCAGCAAAGAUGAAUUCAAACAUCUUCCAAAAACAGAACGAGGAAGUGCCCUGCGAAAGGCCUUGAAAAAGAAUAAACGUGCUCGUCAAGCGGAACGUGAAAAACUACGAGAAACUCUAGGAGAUGCUGCACCUUCAAAGGAGGUUCCGAAAACAAUUGAAAGUACGAGGGAGUAUGAUGAAACAAUGGUCCAGGAUAACGAUGAUGAGGUAGAACAUGAUGAAGCUCAUGAUGAAUUCGCUCCUUAUUUUAAUCGUGAAACGACACCGAAAGUCCUCAUCACAAUGUCACCUUUUGCAAAGAAGACUACAUGGAAAUUCUGUUUCGAACUCCAAAAGUGCAUUCCAAACGCAGAAAUUUUCUCACGUAAAGGAGUUCCAUUGAAGAAAGUGGUGAAACAGGCUAUAUCCCGAUCGUACACAGAUCUCAUUGUUGUGCAUGAAGAUCAAAAGAAGCCGAAUGGAAUUAUUUUCUGUCAUCUUCCGGAAGGACCGACUGCCUACUUCAAGAUAAAUAAUUUGAGAUUCACCAAGGACAUACCGCGCGCUGGCGAAUCCUCAUCUCAUUAUCCUGAAAUCAUUCUCAACAACUUUAAUACUCGACUGGGACACACUAUUGCACGAAUGUUUGCCUGUUUAUUUCCCCACGACCCUAAAUUUACGGGACGCCGGGUUGUGACCUUUCAUAACCAGAGAGAUUAUAUUUUCUUCCGGCAUCAUAGGUAUGAGUUUAAAAAAGAGGGUGAGAAAGCAGCUUUGGUAGAACUUGGCCCUCGUUUUACCUUACGCCUGAAAUGGUUACAAAAAGGAACAUUCGAUACUAGAUGGGGAGAGUUUGAAUGGGUUUUGAAGCGUCAUGAAAUGGAAACAUCGCGGCGAAGAUUCUUCCUGUGA